AGAUGAACACUGCAGAGCAAAGGAAGAAACCUAGAUUUCGGUUUUAAAUGCAAUCUUUUCUCAAAGGAAGAGCAAAUUCGAUCCUUCGUUGUAGGCUGCUCCUUUGAUGCAUAACGUUACGGAGGUAGAAAAAUGCCACAACAGGUAGUAAAAGAAGACUUUAUAAGUAACCUGAAUGGAACUACCUUGCUUGAGAUCUCCAUCGGCCUGCCUAUUGCACCGUUAUGUCUACUCUCCAGGGGACUUCUGUUGACCUGGUAUUUUCUCCACCACGGAAGACCGUUAUGUUCAAUGAGUGGCCAUUUUCUUCUUGAUUUUACUGUUUUGGUCAUCCCUCCAGUGCUCUCCUGUACAGUCUUGGCUCCUAUUCUACCUUUGGUGAUACUUUCCAUUGUAGUGUUCUGUGCCGGCAUGGUUGCUGUCAUCUGCAGCUGGAGGACAAGCUACGCCAAAGUGCCGCUCAAGCAAAUCCUGAGCGAUUUCCUGCAGGUGAACUUGGAACCGGAGUACAUUCCCUCGAUAACGGUGUUCCGAGUGUUCGUCAACGUCUUGACGUCCAUCAGUAUUUUGGCUGUGGAUUUCCCACAGUACCCCCGACGGUACGCCAAAACGGAGACCUACGGAACGGGAGUGAUGGAUUUUGGAGUCGGAUCGUUUGUUUUUGGAAAUGCCGUGGUUUGUCCAGAGGUCCGGAUGAAACCUGGCGCGGUGCGACGCAAAUUCUUUUAUCUUGCUAAGCAGUUCUUCGCUGUCUGGCCUUUGGUGCUCCUUGGCGUUGGGCGACUGGUGAGCGUCAAGGCCGUGGACUACCAUGAGCACGUAUCUGAAUAUGGCGUCCACUGGAACUUUUUCUUCACUUUAGCGGCCGUACGCAUGGCCGCCUCGCUGCUUUUGACUGUGUUCCCUGUGCGCAAGGCAUGGAUUGUCGCGGUGACGCUGGCUGUGUCUUACGAAUGUUUUCUUGACUUUACGCCUCUGAAAGCGUUCAUCUUGCACGGGAGCGACGGGCAAGAUUCAAGGCUUGGCUUCUUCAGUGCCAACAGGGAGGGCAUCUUUUCGGUCAUCGGCUACCUUUCCAUCUACAUGGCUAGUGUGCAAGUAGGCUUGUAUUUAUUAAAGAAGAGAAGCACAGUGAGGGAGUGGUUUGGAGUCAUCGGCUUCUUUCUGGUGGCCGUUUUCCUCCUCUUUGUAUGUCUGCACAUAACUCAGACCUAUGUUGAUACUGUAUCCCGACGGAUGGCGAACCUGUCUUUUUGUGUGUGGGUCGUCGCUCACGGCCUGACACUAUUUUGUUGCUUUUUAGUGGCUGAUCUCAUUCUGGUGUUCGCGAAGCUUCUGGUGGACGGAGCCAACAUUCCUUGCAGCUGGGAUUUUGCACCGCCAUCGGCAACAAAUAAGAAGCACGAUUUCAACUCCAAAGACGGCGAAACAAAACUUCGAAGCGUGUGCAUGAUCAGCGCCGUAAACAAAAACCAGCUCUUGUAUUUCUUGCUAGCAAACGUUUUCACCGGCCUGGUGAAUAUGCUGGUGGACACGAUUCACAGCAACGCUCUUUCCGCCAUGUUUAUUCUGCACUUGUAUAUGUUUACGAACUGUUUGAUUAUGUAUAUAUUGCAAGCGAAAAAUGUCAUUUUGAAGUGGUGGUAAUUUAUCAAAUUGUCUCAUAAAAGGUAUUGACUGUGAGGAAACCACAGGCCCAGUAGUUUUCCUGAAGCUCUGUAUAUAUAUAUAUAUAUAUAUUGGUAGGACGGGGAUUUAUUUGCACUGAGCUAGUUUAGGGUCCAUUUCUGAAACUGGUGCACCAUGGCCAUUUUAAAUCAAGAUGACUUCAUAUCAGUUAAUGUGAUGCAUUUACAAAUGACUGCAGCGUUGGGACCAAAGAUCUAACUACAACUACAAUCAUAUACUUGCAGCUUAUUUGUCUCUUUCUCACACUGGUCUUCCUAUAGACAGCCUGUAUACAUUGCGUACCCACGUCAAGAAAAAUGCGUGGGAAUUCUGGCGGCCAUGCCCACCCACUGUCCGGGCGGAUGGUGCCCAAUCAGGGGUCAUGAUCUGUCCAGCCACGCUUCCGCAUCAAGGAUGGAGUGAGGUUAGACGGCCAAAGGGCCACCAUGCUCACCUUGCUCCAUCCUGAAAAAUCAGGGUAAGUCCCCAAUUUUUAAAGAGUGGGUCUUCUCUGGAAAGCCCUGUGAUGGCUUUGAUAUGGCUGCUGUGUCGUAUAAUCGAUGCAGCGCCAUAGCGGAGCCACCUUGGGGCUUCCAGAACGUUACUAUUACUAUGACAGUGGUCAUAGUAAUUUUCAGGAUCUGGCUAGGUUUUUCCAUGUGCUUCAGUGGUGUUUACUUUCUGGCUUCUAUUCAGCCCUUUUGGUAGUUGCUUUAGUACUUUCUAAAAAUUGCAUGUUUGUAAGUCUUUGCAAGCUGCUUUUAACAGAAUUUAAAAUGCAUUCAUGCACGGAGAAAUAGAAAUGAAUGUUUCCAUAAUAAACCGUUUGAUGAAAAAGGUCAGAUUUUUCUCUUGCAAUGGAGGAGAUGCCCUGAGAUCUUAAUGAUGUAGGGUGGGAUAUAAAUGUUACAAAUAAAUAAAUAAAACGGGUGUAACUGACUCAGUGGGGUGAAGAAGAAAAGACCUUAAGUGUGCAGUCCUAAGCAUGUUUAGACAGAAAAAAAAUCUGAUAAUUCCCAGCAUUCCCCAGCUAGCCAUGCUUCCCAUUGGACAAUGAAAUCAGCUUUUCGUUGGGAAUUAUAGAAGGUUUUUCCCAUCUAAACAAGCAUAACAUUGCACCCUAAAUGAAUCACAGGUGUUCUAGAGAACUCAAAGAUAAUUGUUAUUUUUGUGAAUGAACUGCCUCAAAGCCUGCAAGGAAAUAAAU